GAGAUUCUGAGGGCACCGCGCUCUCGCUCUGCCCCUCCCGGGCCCGUUCCCGCCGGUUGCCCGGGGAUGGCGGCCGCCCUCCGCAGGGCCCAGCGCGGAGAGCGGCGGCACGGCGGCUCGGACAGGGGCACACGGACAGGGGCACCCCGGGGGCCUCGCUCCGCGCCCCCCGGGGAGAGCCCGGGCCGGGCCCCUCACGCCGAGCGGCGGCUGCCCCGCCCCCGGGGCUUCCCGCGCAGGGCGGCCCGGUCACCGCCAUGGCGGCUGUGAGGGACGUGGAGAUCGACCCCGAGGGGACGUUCAAGUACAUCCUGGUGCGCCUGCAGCGCCCGGGCGGCGAGGAGCGGCGGGACGUCGUCCGCGGCACCAAGGCGGCCGAGUUCCACAAUCAUAUAUUUGAAAAAGUAAAUCCUGAGAUGGAAAAGCUCGGAUAUGAGUGCAAGUGCCUUGGAGGAGGAAAAAUUGAUCAUAAUAGCAAGGACAAGAAAAUUAGGGUAUUUGGUCUCUCUACAGGCUAUGGAAAAGCAGAUCAUUCGGUGACUGUAGAGAUACUGAAAAAAGUGUAUACAGAUUAUGAAAUCACGUGGUCAGAUGACAAGAAAUAGAUCAGCUACUUAUAAACACAACAAGCAGUUCAAAACUGGUAACUGUGAGCUGUACUUUGAUAAAUAAAAUUGAAUGUGUAUUCUA